AUGGCUUCCCAAAACGUUCACAUCGUGCUCAGCGUAGCAUGGCAAGACGCUGGAGACACGACACGUGCUAUCGCGAUGGCUAUCGCGUUGCGGGAUAUGUGCCCGUCCAAUAUCAAUCUGCGAAUCGACUUCCUGUCCUGUGGCGCGCGGUUCGAAUAUCAAAUCACGGACGCUGGCUUCAAUAUCGUCCCAGCUCAACCACGUGUGAAGGGCAUCUCCGUGGCGCAUGACCUCGGAUGGGACUGGCCCGAGUUCUUCGGUUCAGAAGAAAUAGCCAAAUCAUUCAUCGAUGGCCAACUUGCAGCGUUCAAAGAGUUGAAGCCCGAUAUUGUGUUCCAUGGCAUGUGGGCUCCGGCCUCUAUUGCUGCACGACUCCUGGGUAUUCGAACGAUCAACUUCCUCCCAGUGCCUUUGCAUCCUGGAGCCUUUGCUCAUGGCCUGAUUCGCGAUCUUCCAAAUAUGAUGCCAUUGUUCACACGGCUUCCACGACCGGUCCGACAGCGCAUGGCGUGGUGGGCCAGCGGCCUGAUGGUGAACGCUCCUAUCUUCCGACAGAAGCGCCUAGGAGCUGCUGCAGCAGCCUGUGGAUGGCCAGUCACUGGACCCAUCUCACUCUUCGACAUGAACAUGGCCGAUCUCAACUUGGUCAACGACCACCCCAUAUUCCAUCAAGAAUAUCUGCACCGCCUCCCAAAGAACAUCGUCCUCACAGGUCCUUUGUACGCCCGAAACGACUCGAAGCUGGACGAAGACAUAUCGGCACAUCUGACAAAGGGUCCUGGUCCAUCGAUCCUAGUUACAAUGGGCAGCUCGGGGACGGAAGAGUUCUUGUUCGAAGCGAUCAAGGCUCUACGAUUGAACCCUGACGACAACUGGAACGCAGUCGUGCUGGCUUCGAAAUCCAUCUGCGACAUCGACAAGGCAAUUGAGAUCGCUGGCGGAGAUGCGCGGCUUCUGGUGACUGAUCGGUUCAUCCCAGCACCGGCUGCCAAUGCGCUCGCCGACCUCAUCGUCACGCAUGGAGGUCAAGGGACUGUCCAAUGCGCCUUGGCUGCAGGAAAGCCUAUUGUCGGUGUCGCGCUACAAGUCGAGCAGCAGACGAAUCUGGACAAUGCCAUGAAUGCUGGAGCAGGUAUCCGCGUGCAGAAACAGUUCUGGAAGGCCAAGAACAUUCGCAGCACGGUGUUGACGGUGCUCAAGGAUCCUUCUUAUGCAGCGAGCGCGCGGAUGCUAGCGGAGACGUUGAAUUCCAUGGACGGCGCAAAGACGGCAGCAGAGGUGAUGUGGAAGUUUAUCGUCCAGGAACAGACGGAGAAGGUCAAAGUUUAG